AUGUCAUCACCUUUGCCUGUCAAUGCCAAAGGUCUCUCUGAUCGGAAUGGUGGCAGCGGCCUUGACGAUGAGAACAACAACGCCAAUUACCUAUCUUCGUCAUUUGACCGAGCUUCUUCCACGGCUCGUUUAAGUUCUUCGCCUAUUCCUCCACAUGUCUACAGCUCUUCACCCACACGCAGUACAUCAGGAUCGAUCUAUGGAAGUACGGGAAUACCACACAACAAUGCUUUGGAGCGUGUAGCAAGUACAGCAGCAAGUAGUAUUGGUGGAGGCAGCAGUAGCAAUAAUGGCGAGUUACCCGAGACACAAGUUGCCAAGGCUGUGAAACGACAUCUUGUGGAUACGGCUACUUCUUCGCCAGCAGGAUCCAUUCAUCACUAUGAUAGUCCAGGCAGUGUGGGUGAUUAUGAUACCGAUGAUGAUGCAGAUGCAGUAACAAGCGUACAUCAACUCCCUGGUGGAUCUAUUACACAUGGCAUUUACAAAUGGGCUGAAGACGUCGAGAAUAAUCAAUUGCAACGUAAACGUACACGAUCCAUGAUGGUCCCAUCGGCUGAACAUGAGGAUCCUAGUCUGGCCCAUUUACGGGCACCCGGUGGUUUCCGUCGCCACUUUGUCGCCCAGCGUGCAGCCAAAAAAGGAAAAACACCCUCUCCUUGGAUAACUCGGUCCUUUGUGGAAUUCCUUGCUCUUUAUGGCCACUUUGGUGGUGAGGAUUUGAGUGAUGAUGAAGGAGAGGAGGAUGAGGAUGAAGAGGAAGAACAAGAAGGCGGUGAUGAAGAAUCUCCCUUGUUGCCACGUGAAGCACAAGCUCCCCAAGGAACAGCAACGCCAACCAAAGCCGUGUUUUUAUUACUCAAAUCAUUCAUUGGCACUGGUGUGAUGUUUUUGCCAAAAGCAUUUGCCAAUGGUGGUCUGAUCUUUUCCACAACUCUGUUGACCGUUAUUUCCAUCAUCUCGUUAUAUUGUUUCUUGUUAUUGGUUGAAACACGUAACAAGGUCCCUAUGUCUUUUGGUGAUAUUGGUGGUGUCCUCUUUGGAGCCAAGAUGCGGAUGGCUGUAUUGGUUGCAAUCACUGUGUCACAGGUUGGUUUUGUGUGUGCCUACAUGGUGUUCGUCGCCCAAAACUUGCAGGCUUUGGUGGAAUCGGUGUUCCAGUGCAAGGUCAACAUCCCGCUUGCAUUCCUGAUUCUCGGUCAAGUUUUGGUGUUUGUGCCACUCGCCAUGAUCCGCAAGAUCCAAAAGUUGUCAGCCUUUGCCUUGAUUGCAGAUCUUUUUAUCCUGAUUGGUCUCGUGUAUUUAUACUACUAUGACUUUUUGAUGUUGGCUACGCGUGGUGUAGGAGAAGGUGUCAUUUGGUCAAUCAAUCCCUCGUCGUUCCCAAUGUUCAUUGGCACAGCUGUAUUCACCUAUGAAGGUGUGGGUUUGGUUAUUCCUAUCACCGAAUCCAUGAAGGAUCCCAAGAAAUUCCCUGCCGUCUUAUCAGGUACCAUGGUGUUCAUCACUUUGCUCUUUUUGUCGGUGGGCUUCAUCUCGUACAUGGCAUUUGGUAAAGAGGUGCAAACCGUUAUCUUGCUCAAUCUCCCACCUGGUGGCCUUGUUGAUAGCAUCCAAGGUUUAUAUGCAUUGGCCAUUUGUUUAUCCAUUCCAUUGCAAUUGUUCCCUGCCAUCCGUAUCAUGGAAACCGGUCUUUUUACUCGCUCCGGAAAACAUAAUCCUGUGGUCAAGUGGCAAAAGAAUGCUUUCCGCUUUGUCACGGUGCUCGUAUGCGCUGGUGUUGCUAUUGCUGGUUCUGCUGAUCUUGACAAGUUUGUUUCGCUCGUUGGAUCUGUAUGCUGUGUUCCUUUGUGCUUCCUUUUCCCACCACUUUUCCAUCUCAAAGCCAUUGCUCAAACCUUCCGUCAAAAAGCAAUCGAUAUCACCAUCAUUACAUUUGGUCUUGUGUGUAUGGCAUACACCACUUUUAUCACCGUGAGUCUCUGGUCAUCUACUAGUGAAGCUCCUCCCCUAUCACGCUGUCAAUAG